GUUAGAGAAAUGAAAGAGAGCAAGCCCUGUUGGUGAUACUUAGCACAUUCUUCCUGAGCACAGCACACCCUCCUUGUGCAAGAACCCAGAGCUGCUGAAGGCUGGGGGCUGCAGAGGAACUGCAGAGAGACCAGCAAGCCAUGGUGUUUCCAUGGAGAUGCCAGAGUACUCGGUGGGGCUCAUGGAGCAUCCUCAAGCUGUGUGUCUGGACAGUGCUCUGUUGUGACUUCCUGGCGCACCAUGGAACUCACUGUUGGACAUACCACUAUUCUGAAAAAUCCAUGAACUGGGAAAAUGCUAGAAAGUUCUGCAAGGAAAACUACACAGAUUUAGUGGCCAUACAAAAUAAGAGAGAAAUUGAGUAUUUGGAGAAGACAUUGCCCAAAAACCCUACUUACUACUGGAUAGGAAUCCGGAAAAUUGGAAGCACAUGGACAUGGGUGGGAACCAACAAGCCUCUCACUAAAGAAGCAGAGAACUGGGGAGCUGGAGAGCCCAACAAUAAGAAGUCCAAGGAGGAUUGUGUAGAGAUCUAUAUCAAGAGGGAAAAAGACUCCGGGAAAUGGAAUGACGAUGCCUGCCACAAGCGAAAGGCAGCUCUUUGCUACACAGCCUCUUGCCAGUCUGGGUCUUGCAGUGGCCAUGGAGAAUGCGUGGAAACCAUCAACAAUCACACCUGCAACUGUGACGAGGGGUUUUACGGGCCCCAGUGUCAGUAUGUGGUCCAGUGUGAGCCAUUGGAGGCCCCAGAACUGGGUACCAUGGACUGCACUCACUCCUGGGGACACUUCAGCUUCCAAUCACAGUGUACUUUCAACUGUUCGGAGGGAACAGAGCUACUUGGGACUAGAGAAACCCACUGCGGAUCAUAUGGAAACUGGACAUCCCUAGAGCCUGUCUGUCAAGUGACUCAGUGCCAGCCUCUCACAGCACCUGACCUGGGAACAAUGGAAUGCAGUCACCCCCUGGCCAACUUCAGCUUCACUUCUGCCUGUACCUUCACCUGCUCAGCAGGAACCUACUUAAUUGGAGAGAGAAUAACUGUCUGCGGAACGGCUGGCACCUGGUCUAGUCCUCGUCCUCUAUGUCAAAAGACAGACAGAAGUUUCUCAAAGAUCAAGGAAGGCGACUACAACCCCCUCUUCAUUCCGGUGGCUGUCAUAGUUACUGCAUUCUCGGGGCUGGCAUUUAUCAUUUGGCUGGCAAGGAGGUUAAAAAGAGGAAAUAGAUGGAACACUACACAAGAACACGACAUUCUUCCUUUGGCCCCCUUUCUCUCUUCCGAAUAUUCUUUUGCCUUCAGGCAAGAAAUCUCAGAAAAGGAUGGAUGAUCCAUACUAAUUCAUCCUCUAUGAAAGGAAAAGUCACAAGGUGCCAAAAAAUAAAGUUGGAAACAACUUCAAAUCCUCCCUCAAAGAUUUUGGACAAAGGCAUCGCCCACAGUGAAGAUGAAAUGUUUGCUUCAGGGUAUCUGGAAGGAUUUCUACGUGACCGACAGCUCCUCUAGCCUCCUCGCUGCUCACUCAGCUCCUUGACCCUAGCCUGUAAUUUUUGUUUAUAUAGCUCAGGAUUUUAUUAUCUUUUCUGUGGAGAGAAAAAGGCUCUGGGGUAUGAAGAAGUCUGACCUCGCUCUUUCCUAACUCCUGUUUCCUACUUUAGUCCAGUACUGGAUCUGAUAUCAAACACAGUGAAACUUUGAUGCACAUGUAACUGAACCGGAUUCCUUUCACACAGUCCAUAAACUAUGAAGAAGAUGAUAAAAACCGUUGCUUUCCACCUCCAAAGAAGGCUGUUUUGUUCAAGUUAGACAAGUCUCAUUUGCACUGUAGCCCCACUUCCUGUGCGUGGAAGCCACCGUGACCGUUCACACUCACCUUCCCCGUGUCCUUUCCUUAGCUAGCUAACUUCCACACAUAGCAUCUAGUAGUCAUGGAACAAAUAAGAGAAAAUCGCCUUUACUGACUGUUAGUUUGGAAGUUUCCCUUCUCUUUAGUACAUCUCUCUAGGUUCUUUGAGGUCAGGGUUCUGACGACUACUUAUUUUUUAAUAUUGACAUGACCCACUAUCUUGGAAUGUAGAUAAUAAAUAUAUUUCUGAUAUUAUGAAGAUGAGUUAAAACAGGUAGAAAGAUUCCUGGGCUCAUGCUGGAGUAACACCUUCCCCUUGCCCUAAUAUCUCCUACUCAGAAACAUGACUUCUAAUUUUAAGUUUCAGGACAGCUGUUCUUGUCCCUUGCUGCUUCUUUUAUAGCUAGCUAUUUAACUCACCCAAGCGUUUCUUGGCUUCACUCUGCACGAUGCAUUUAAAUACAGCCCAUUUUUAAAACUG